AUGGAUACUAUUUGUCGACUAUGCUGCUCUACAAAGUUCGUAAACAAUCAUAUAUUUGAUGAAGCAAACGCGCUAUUUCUAAAAAUGUCACUAUAUUUACCGAUUAAGGUAUUGAAGAAUGAUCGGCUUCCACAGAAGAUUUGUAAUAAAUGCAGUUGCAAAGUGAAUGACUUAUACCAAUUUUGUAACGAGGCGAUUGAGGCACAGGCCAGGUUGCGAGCUAUUUUAGUAGCAUCUGGUGUCCCGCUGCUUGAAUCAGUCAAUCAAACAAUAAAAGAAAACUCACAUGCACUCUCCUCUGCAAACUUUACUGUGGUCCAUGAGCAGGGAACUCAGACAGAUGCACAGACAGAUUGUAAUGAGGCAGUUGACAAUUCACAAGCCACUGUGAAAAUAAAAGAGGAGAAAAUUGAUCCUAAAACCUCUUCGCCAGCAGUUGCUGUAAAAACAGAAAAUGAUCUAUCAGAUAAUGAUGAUUAUGAAGUCACAAAUGGUAUAUAUUCAGAUGACAGUGAUGAUUUAUCCCUACUGAGCCUCAAAGAAAUUAAAGUAAAAGAAAGUGAUAAUGACAGUACUAAAAAUGGUGAGGUACAAGAGAACAAAAGGGGUAGGAAAAAGAAGGGCAAAUUAAAAGAUUUAGAGAUGCUAAUAAAUUCAUUACCAGGUACAGUUAUUAAUGUGCGAAACACAAGAAAUGGAAAUAAAGAAGUGAAUAAAGAAAAGGAAAUCAAGUUGGUAAUUAAUGAAAGUAAUAAAACUAAUGUCACAAGUAAAUCAAAUAGGAAAAUUAAAAAAGAGGAGGAACCUCAGGAUAGCUACCAGUGCUGCAUUUGCUUUGAGAAGUUCAUUAAAAAAUCGGAAAUAUUGCAUCAUUAUAAGUCGCACGCGAGCGCGGCGGCGGAGAGCGGGGCGCCGCCGCCGCCGCCGCCGCUGCCCGCCGCGCGCCCGCUGCGCUGCCCGCGCUGCAAAAAGUCGUUCCAGGAGAGCGAGUGGGCGACGCACUGGUGGCGUCACUGGGCGCGCGACACGCAGCCCUACCGUUGCGGACUCUGCGAAAAGUCCUUCCGCGACACUUACCAGCUCUUCAAACACGGACUAGCGCAUGAAACUUCUGCAGCGAGCGAGCCGGAGAAGCGCUUCAUUUGCGACCUCUGUCCCGAGGGGUUCGUCUAUAUGCGGUGCAUGCUGGCGCACCGCGCGCGCGCGCACCCGGGCGCGGGCGCGGUGGCGCUGCGCUGCCGCGUGUGCGCGCGCGCCUUCGCGCACACCAACUCGCUGCGCCGCCACCUGCGCUCGCACACCGGCGAGCGCAACUUCCUCUGCAGCGUCUGCGGCAAGGCGCUCUCCUCCGCCGAGCACCUCAAGUUCCACAUGCGCAUCCACACCGGACACAAGCCCAACGUCUGCAAAACUUGCGGUAAGGGGUUCGUGAAAAAGUGCAACUUAACGCUACACGAGCGCGUACAUUCGGGUGAAAAGCCCCACGUGUGCUCGCACUGCGGCAAGGCCUUUAGUCAGCGAUCCACGCUCAUUAUACACGAGAGGUACCACAGCGGCGCGAGGCCUUACGCGUGUGCGGCGUGCGGGCGCGGGUUCGUGGCGCGCGGCCUGCUCACCGUGCACCUGCGCACGCGCUGCACCGCGCCGCCGCCCGCCUAG